AACGAGAAGGUGCAACAUUUUGCUGAGCAAGGUGCCUCAGGUGUUUGCAAACGCGAUUAGGACUGGAUAAACACGCUCAAAACAAGCAACCAGGAUAUUUCCCCAUUGAGUCAAGCACGCGAGGCAGUGAGUGGCCAGCAGUUGGCACCAAGUGGUUCAGUAGAUAACAUUCUGACUGGUUUGAGCAACAUGACUGUCGGUGGCGAGCAAAGCGGAAGCCGACCAAGUUUACCCAGAGUUGUGUCUUUCGCCAAGAUGGAAAAUGACUUUCAAAAUUUCUCCGACGCUUAUGUGAAUCCUGCUUUUACUGCUGAUGAGAAAUACGAAGAAGCUAAAGUACCAGAUUGUUCACCAGCUUUGCCCAAUGAAUCGGUGCCUACAUUCGGGCCAAGUGGUAGCUCAUGCAGCGUUUGUUGCUACAAAUUUUGGAGUAAAAUUAAAACAUUCCUACCAACUCGAUUGAGGACCACGCGACUCACGGCACUUUGGUUACUUGGAUUCGCCUCGUGGGGGACAGUCCUUCUUCUUGUCGGCGAAGAUGCUGCUCCGCCGAACGGGAAAUUGUGGCUGCUGAUCUUGUUGUCUGUGGUCGCGAAAGCGGGUGGAUGGCUGGCCAUACAGUGCCGCUUGCCUGGGCUCUUAGGGAUGCUAUUAGCGGGGAUGGCCCUUCAAAGUGCAGGUGUGGUGUCCAUUGAAGGGCCUUAUCUGGGCCUCAUCCGAGUAAUAAGGAAAGCAUCGCUUGUUAUCAUUAUGAUGAGAGCCGGCCUUGAUUUGGACCCAAAUUCUGUGCGAAAAUUGAAAUUCACAAUCCUGCGCCUGGGUUGGAUGCCGUGGGCCAUUGAAAUGUGCUGCGUUGCAGCAAUGACCAAGUACCUGUUUGACCUGACCUGGUCCUGGGCUUUUAUUCUUGGAGCCGUGGAAGCAGCAGUAUCGCCCGCAGUGGUGGUUCCUAACUUGAUCCUGCUCCGGGAGAAAGGAUUUGGUGUUGUUCAGGGAGUGCCAACCCUGGUGCUCGCUGUCACGGGCAUCGAAGAUGCAAUUUCCAUCGCCACUUACGGAGUCAUAAGCAGCAUUAUGUUCAGCACAGGCUCACUUGUUUUCUCCAUCUUGCAAGGACCGUUGUCAGUUUUAGCAGGAAUUGCGACAGGCGUUAUUAUUGGCUACCUAUCAAAAUUUGUUCCAGACAAGAAUGACCCUUACGUCAUCUCGAUCCGUGUGUUCCUGCUGCUGCUGGGUGGACUGGUGGCCGUGUUAGGAUUCGACCGCUUGAGCCUCUCUGGUGCUGGUCCUUUGGCCGUGAUUGUGGCUGCGUUCGGGGCAGGCACGGCCUUUGCAAACCAGGGUUGGCCCGUUGGCCAGAACCAGGUCGCUCUCACCUUCGGAGUACUGUGGCAGUUUUUUGAGCCAGUUGUAUUUGGACUCGUUGGCGCUCAAAUCAAAGUGGCCGAGCUUCCGGCCAACACUGUGGGACUCGCGACCGCUUGCGUGUUUGGCCCAGCCCUCGUGCGGUUUAUUGUCACCAUGGUGCUUCUCUCCGGCAGUUCUUUGAAUUUGAAAGAGAAAUUUUUCGUUUCCCUUGCGUGGAUGGCGAAAGCAACAGUGCAAGCCGUUCUUGGUCCUGCUGCUCUUGACUUGGUCACGAACUCUAAAGACAAGGAGCUGGUGGAGUCUGCAAAUAUCAUGUUUAUUGUUUGCGUCAUCUCAAUAUUGCUCACUGCGCCCAUCGGAGCGAUAUUGAUAGCUACAACUGGGCCUAGGCUGCUUAGAAAAGCAACCAAUGCAGAGGAAAGAAGAUGAGGAAUCGUACACAAACUUUGCAUAUGCAUAGAUAUUUAUAAUAAUUCUGAACUAACUUAUUUUGUGAUAGCAGAAUUCAUUUGGUAUACUCAGGCAAUAAAACAUAAUUCUAUCCCAAUAUUGUCUUUGGCAUGCU